GUUCCUGGGACUUGAGCGGGACAGGCGUGAGUGACCAUGGCCUGGCAGAGCAUCCCGGUAGCCCGGCUGGAGGGCGUUUCGCAGGAACAGUUCACGCAGCAGCUCUACCCGCAGAGAAAACCUCUAGUGUUGGAAGGAAUCGAUUUGGGGGCAUGUACAAGCAAAUGGACAGUGGAUUACCUGAGCCAAGUUGGAGGGAAAAAAGAAGUAAAGAUUCAUGUUGCUGCAGUUGCCCAGAUGGACUUCAUUAGUAAGAACUUUGUAUAUAGAACUUUACCUUUUGAUAAGUUGGUUCAAAGGGCAGCUGAAGAAAAGCAUGAAGAAUUCUUUAUUUCAGAGGAUGAGAAGUACUACUUACGGUCACUUGGGGAAGACCCUAGAAAGGAUGUUGCAGAUAUCAGAAAGCAGUUUCCUUUACUGGAAGGAGAUAUUAAGUUUCCAAAAUUUUUCAAAGAGGAGCAGUUCUUUUCCAGUGUUUUUCGAAUUAGCUCACCAGGAUUACAACUUUGGACCCACUAUGAUGUAAUGGAUAACUUCUUGAUACAAGUGACAGGAAAAAAACGUGUUGUACUAUUCAGUCCUCGAGAUGCCCAGUAUCUAUAUUUAUCAGGUACUAAAUCAGAAGUACUGAAUAUAGAUAAUCCAGACUUAGCUAAAUAUCCACUGUUUUGCAAGGCUAGAAGGUAUGAAUGUUCCCUUAAAGCUGGAGAUGUAUUAUUCAUUCCUGCUUUAUGGUUCCAUAACGUAAUCUCUGAAGAGUUUGGAGUGGGAGUGAAUGUUUUUUGGAAGCACCUUCCGUCUGAAUGCUAUGAUAAAACGGAUACCUAUGGAAACAAAGACCCUACGGCAGCAUCAAGAGCUGCACAAAUUCUGGACAGAGCUUUAAAAACACUGUCUGAAUUACCAGAGGAAUACAGGGACUUCUAUGCACGGCGAAUGGUCUUACACAUUCAAGAUAAAGCCUAUAGUAAAAACUUUGAGUAAAUAAUGAAGUGAAUGCAAUGAAUAUAAACUUUGCAAUACAGUUCAACUCAAAUAUUAGAAAAGUAUAACAUAUAAAAUAUUUUUUAAAGAUUCUUUGUUAAAAUAGGAAAGAUAAAUCAAUCUCAGACUUAUAGAUUAAAUAUGAAUUUGUAUUUAUAUGGUUUCUAUUUAAUACAGUAGGUUGAAAGAAUGUUGUACUGGGUGGGACCACUCUAGCUUUCAGAUGCAAAUAAUUAAAAAUCCAACUUAAAAUGACUUAAUAAAAUAGAUUGGUUGGCUCAAUCGGUUAAAUGGCUCAGGUCAUGAUCUGUUUGUGGGAUCGAGCCCCGUAUCAGGCUCCAUGCUGACCUUGGCGAGCCUGCUUGGAAUACUCUGUCCCUCUCUGUUCUUCUCCCCCGCUUGUGCUCUCUCUGUUCUUCUCCCCUGUUUGUGUGCUGUCUCCCUCUCAAACUUAAAAAAAAUAAAAUGACUUAAUAAAAUAUACUGAAUCAUUAUACAUGAAGUCAACUGAUAAACGGGCUUCAGUAUUUCUGAUCCAGUGAUUCAGUGGUGUCACCAAGAACCUCUAGGUUUGUUUCUCCCAUUUUCAAAUGCAGCAUUGGCAUCAUCCUAAGGCUGGCUACCCUCGUGGUCAUGGGAUGAUUGCCAAUAGCAGUUGGAGCCAUGUGCUUCUUCAUUUACAUGCAGUGGAGAAGUCAGGCUGGAUUCCAAAGGCCUUCUCUUAAUAUGCAAAAGCUUUCCCAGGGUCUCAUUGAUCUAAAGUGGCUUAGACCUGUCUACCACUGAGCCAGUCACUGGGAAAUGGUAUGGAAUAACCCUUAGAACAACUGGGUCUCCUGGAGCUUAUAAGUAGAAUCCUCUUCCUCUGAGGUACAUGAGGUAUACAUGCGGACAGCAUGGAUAAUUUUUAAAAUUAGGAUUCAGGUUAGGAAAAGAAGAUGAGCAACCAACGAUGUCUACUACAUUUUUCCUUUGAGCUUUUUAAAACAUACAGUUGUCUAGGCACCAACUUUGUAGACUUUAUUCGGUAUGUUUAGGGUUUGGUAUAGUAUCUGUAUCUGGUAGACCUCAUAGGUUGUUUUGAUGUAUAAUCAGGAUUGAGAACAACUGGAUUAAAUGAUAGUAAUUUGGA